UAGCCCGGCAUUUUUUCCGGUUUGCUGAGGAUCAGCGCCACAGGAAAGGUGAUGUCUCUCGGGUGAAGGCUAAAAACUGUGAUACGAGUAAGGGAAAUUGUAUAUUGGAAUGGAAUUUGGAGCCAUCAUAAUGGAAGCAAAAAAUAUGAAGGAAAAACAGUUAUUUUUAUAUCGGCAUAUUGUACCUUGCUACUAGUUGCAAAUGGCUUUAUUUACCCAAGAAAAUUUGUGAUAUAAAUGAAGAUACCUUGUUCCUAGACUCGGUGUUUAUAAAUAUGCUUCGUCUAAAAGCUAUUUGUCCAUUCUCCUGGAGAGUGUUUCAUUUUCGACCCUUCAGUUGUGAACCAUUAAUUAGCCAGAUGGAGAAAUGUAAAGAUGAAGAGCAAGUUUUUGAUCUUAUUGAAAAAAACAAAGCCGUACUUUCAGAAGAGCAAGUGGGAUGUGCAUUUAAUACACUUUGGCAGUUUCAAAAGCAGAAGACCAGCUUGUUAAAAAAUAUUGAAUGUAUCAGAGACCAUCCCCAAUUUCUUACUCUUUACAAUUUAACUGUAAAUAAAAUGGAAUUUAUGAAUGAUGAUAAUCUGGUGAAUGUGUUGUACAUCACAAGACAGUUUGCUGUUGAGGCCCAUGACCCACUAGUUGAAGCACUAGUGACUGAGGCUUGGAGAAGACUGGAAAGGUUUGAUAUUCAGGUGCUGUCAAAAUUUUCCUCUUGCCUAGUAGAUCAACAUUUAUAUUUUAGUCCGUUAAUGGGGAAAAUAGCUGAUAUUGUAAAUCGGAACUUGGAAACCAUACAGGACUUAAGGUCCUUGUCUGUUUUGAUGGUUAGCAUAUCUUCUUUAACAUCACAACGUUUUCAAGAACAAUUAGUGAACAAAACAGAACGUCUUUUUGACACCAUAGAUUCUUCCCAGGUCAACAUUGCAAGAAGAAUAGUACAAUUUCUUCGAAAUAUUAAAUACAGUUAUUACCCAUUAUUAGAAAGGUGUAAUAAGAUGUUUUUAAGCAACAUGAACAACCUUGAUUUGGAGUCAAUCAGUAAAAUACUUAGUCUAUACCACUCUCUACAGUUUCAUAGUUUUGAAUUUGUGUUAAUGGCCAAAAAGAGGCUAACCGAAAUGAUUCCUCUAUUUGAUCACCCUGCUAGCUUUGUGAAAUUGUUUGUAGCAUUGGGACCCAUGGCAGGACCUGAAGAAAAGACACAACUUGAAUCAACUAUACUACUGAUGUCAGAGGAGCUGACCGGCCAGCAAGCCCUGGCAGUGAUGGGAGCAAUGGAAGAGAUGGAAACCAGAGAUUCACGUCUGAUCAAAAAAAUUGCUUCAAUUCUGCAUAAGAAUUUGGAUAAUUAUAAACCAAUAGAGUUAUUGAAGAUAAGUCAAGCAUUGACUUGUCUACAUUUCCAAAGUAAAGAGCUCUUUGUGAGACUUAGAGAAUUACUGCUUAGUUACUUGAAAAUUAGUGUCAAACCUAGUGAGAUCUCUGUCCUGGUCUCUGCUAUUUCUAUGCUUCCAUCUCCUCACCUAGAUGAAGCGGGGAUAUCUCGAAUUGAAGCAGUUUUACCACAGUGUGACCUAAAUGACCUGAAUAGUUUUGCCACAUCUGUUUUGAGAUGGAUUCAGUAUGGUCACGUGUAUCUGGAUAAUACUACUGGAAAACAGCUGAAACUACUUCAAAAAUUAGAUCACUAUGGUCAUCAGAGACUACAAAAAUACAACAAUCUGAAUCUGUUAUGGGAAGAACUUAGAUCUUUGAAAGGAGACUGGUUUGCUGAGUCACUUCUUGAAGAUACAAUUGCUACUUUGCAGUGUUUGAUGGAUCAAAUUAAUUACAUAAAUGUUGCAGGAAUUGCAUCCUUUAUCUCUAGAAGUAACUACCUCAAUACUUUGCUGCUUGAUAAGAUAGCCUCAGUGGUCCUUCAGCAGAUUGAAAAGAUCCAUCCUUUUUCGAUCUUUUCUAUUAUUCUGCCUUUUAGCAUCUUGAACUAUGAUCCACCUCAAAGGGAUGAAUUUUUUGGAACUUGCAUUCAACACCUUAACCCUUACUUAUGUAUAUUGGAUCCUCUCAUGUUGGUGUUCCUUGGUUUCUAUUUGGCCAUACAUGAAUAUUUUCCAGAAGAUCUCAUAAAGACAAUUUUUAACAUCAAAUUCUUAGGCAGAUUGGAUUCUCAACUUGAACUUUUAUGUUCAUCGCUAAGUACAAGGGUCCAGGUUCGUCUUAUGGAAUUAAAUAGAGCAGUCUGCUUGGAGUGCCCUGAGUAUCAGAUUCCGUGGUUUCAUGACCGCUUCUGUCAACAGCAUUAUAACAAAGAUACUGGCAGCCUGAAUGGAGCACAGCAGCAGAUUUAUAAAAUGUUAGCAGAGGUACUAGGAGGAAUGAAUUGUGUAAAAGCCUCGGUUCUUACACCUUAUUACCAUACAAUAGAUUUUGAGUGCAUCUUGGAUAAAAGAAAAAAACCUCUUCCUUAUGGAAGUCAUAAUACAACUUUGGGAAAAAUGCCAGAAAUGCACUGGGAACCAAAUACCCCAAGAGUUGGAUCAAGGCUGCCACCAGGAACUGAAAGAAUUGCUUUGGAAUUUUUGGAUUUAAGAGCUUUUUGUAAAAACGUCCCUCAUUUAAAAGGAAAAUCUGCAAUGAAAAAACGACAUUUGGAAAUUUUGGGCUAUCGUGUAAUUCAGAUCCCUCAUUUUGAAUGGAACUCUAUGGUGCUGUCAACAAAGGGUGCUCGAUUGGACUACCUGAGAGAAUGUAUAUUUGGAGAUGGCAAAUCAUGACUGUAAUUUUUAUUUAAACAGUUAUCAUGGUGUGUCACGUAUGAUCUUAUUUUAAUUAAAUCUCCUGACUCAGUUAAAUACUAAUAUAGAAUUGACUGGUUUCAAGGUCAGUUGAAUCCCUAUUAAAAUAAAUACACAUUUUACAGUAGAAUAUCGUCUC